AUGCUGAAUAAUUCAGAGGGUAACAACUCAAAGGAUGAUAACUCAAAGGAUGACAUAGAAAGCUGCAAGAAACCCGGGGUAAGUUCAGGUGGUGAGAUGCGACCGUGGUCAGAGCUUCCCAGGGAUCUUCUUUAUGCUAUAUCCAAACAACUCAGCAUCCAAGAUUACUUCUCAUUUGCCCAAGUCUGUACAAAAUGGAGGUCAAAUUUUGCACUCUCCAAGAAGGACAUCUUGACAUCCAUACCUCCCCUUAUCCUUCUCCUAUCAACCUGCAGGGCAGAAUUCUGUUAUUUUUACAACUUAUCUGAUGGCAGCAUAUUUGAGAUUAAGAUUCCUAGCAUAUCAAUGAAAUUAUUUCAUGGGAUUUCUAGUGGAUAUUUGGUCAUGGAAAGCCUUGAGAAUGAUAUUUGCCUGACCAACCCAAUCACAAGGCAGCAUCUUGUUGUGGCCAGACCACCAGAGCAUACUGAGUUUAAUAAGUUCUUUGAUCUUAUCGCGAUUGCUUUGAUCAUCCCUCAAAAAGAAAUUCUCAUGGUGGGUCUCACUGAAAGGUGUCCACGGCUCUAUUUUCGUCGAUCCACAGAUCCCAGCUGGACUUGUUAUGAAUAUGGCAAGGACAGGUGUUUCAUGGAUUUGAUUGUCUUCAACUUCAAGGUUUAUCUGCUAGGCACUGAUUGUGAGAUUAGCCUUUUAAACCUGAGAUCUACUUCUUGUCUGACUCUUCUGCCACUCAAUGGCAAGCCUAGAUCAAGCAGACGUAGUAGGUUUGUGACUUCAGGUGACCGACUUUUGGUGGUUGACUUUGUCCUAGAAAGCUGGCUACAUGUUUAUGAGAUAGAUCUCGUACAGAUGGAAUGGGUGAAGAUCACAGACCUGGGUGACGAAUCAUUGUUUUUCUCUAGUUGUAAGGGUAACAGAUUGUUAUCUAGUUGUAAGGGUAACAGAUUGUUGAACGUGAAGAAAUGGGGAGGGCACAGCAACUGUCUCUACCAACUUGGGUUCAUGUCAGAUAGGUUUCAUGUGUAUUCCCUUGAGAGAGAGUUGGUUGGUGAACACAUACUUAACAUUGGAGCUGCGGACAGUUAUCCUCGAUAUCCUGUUGGAUGGUACUUUCCUGAGAGUGCUUACGACAUGGAUGUUGUUCGGGAUGACGAGUAA